CAGAGCUUCCGUACGACGUGGAGGGACAUAUUACUAGCUCGUUGAGUAAAACAGCAUUUACUUAAGAAAUGACAGUACUAUCACAGUGACAGUAGUGUUGUCGCAUUAGUUUAAAAAAGACAGAGUUGCCGGCUCUGCUUGCGAUGGGUAUAACUCAAAGUUCAAUAGUAUCCGAUGGGAGAACAAGUGGAUACCACGUCCAUGGGGUCCAAGUGAACUCCCCGGCUCAUCAUGCUGGUUUGGAGCCAUUCUUUGACUUCAUCCUUUCGGUAGGAAACACCAGACUGAACAGAGAAAAUGACCUGCUGAAGGACCUUUUGAAGGCCAACGUAGAGAAGCCGGUGCGUCUGGAGGUGUGGAGCAGCAAAGCCCUUCGGGUCAGAGAGCUGGAGGUUGUACCCAGCAACAUGUGGGGGGGCCAGGGGCUCUUAGGGGCAUCUGUCCGCUUCUGCAGCUUCCAGGGAGCCAAUGAGAACGUCUGGCACGUCCUUGACGUGGAGCCUAAUUCCCCGGCAGCCUUGGCUGGCUUGCAGGCGCAUGAAGACUACGUUGUUGGAGCUGACCAGGUCUUACAAGAUGUAAGAUCCGAGGACUUCUUCUCGCUGAUAGAAAGCAGCGAGGGCAGGCCUCUGAAGCUACUGGUCUACAACACUCAGACUGACCUCUGCAGAGAGGUGGUGGUCACACCCAAUGGGGCUUGGGGGGGAGAGGGCAGCUUAGGCUGUGGCAUUGGAUAUGGUUACCUGCACCGCAUCCCAACCCGGCCGGUUCACCUGAGCAACCAAAAUUGCGGAGCUGUUCCUUCACCUGAAGACAACAGCAGAAUGCUGGAGAUUUCAGCUGGCCACGUCACUGAGGUGCCCUUAAUAUCUCUGUCUAGUCAGGCAGGACACAGGGGGGAUCAGCCUGUUGAGGACCCCUCCCCACCCUCUCCUGUCCAGAGAGUCCUGGACCCAGAUUCCUCCUCCAGUACGUUUGAGGCUCUGGGUCCUGACCUAUCCAAGAUGGACUCUUUCAGUGAAGUCAGCCAGACAACCAGUGGUGUCUCCAUGCUGACUAGUGACGGGAACAUGUCAUGUCACCAACACCAGCACAGCCUCCUGGAGGAGUGUUCUGUGCGCCAGGUGAUACCUUCAUCUCCAGAGGAGUGUUCUGAGAGUCAGGUGAUACCUUCAUUUCCAGAGGAGUGUUCUGUGAGCCAGGUGAUACCUUCAUCUCCAGCAGGUCUACUGGGAAAAUCAGUGCCAGGUCAAGAGGGGGGUGAAAUGUGUCUGGAUCACCCUGAUGUAGGACACCCCAAUCCCCUAGACCGGCUCUCACCUCCCUCUGGAGGAGUCCCAACAGCCGCAAGGGACCUGGUCAUUCCUGACCCUACUAAUGAUACCCUGACUCACAAAUCACAGGAAGAGGAUGUAGAUCAGGAACCUGGCAACCCAGUCACACCUGGCAACCCAGAGACCAGUACUCAGGGCUGGAGAGGAGAAUGACACUUAGUAAAAGGCUGGUUACCUCAGACAUACUACUGAUACAUCUGACAUUACAUACUGAUGAUACAUCUGACAUGACUUACUGAUGAUGGAUCUGACAUGACCUACUGAUGAUACAUCUGACAUGACCUACUGAUAAUGGAUCUGACAUGACCUACUGAUGAUACAUCUGACAUGGCCUACUGAUGAUACAUCUGACAUGGCCUACUGAUAAUGGAUCUGACAUGACCUACUGAUGAUACAUCUGACAUGACCUACUGAUAAUGGAUCUGACAUGACUUACUGAUGAUACAUGACCUACUGAUGAUACAUCUGACAUGACCUACUGAUGAUACAUCUGACAUGACCUACUGAUGAUGGAUCUGACAUGACCUACUGAUGAUACAUCUGACAUGACCUACUGAUGAUGGAUCUGACAUGACCUACUGAUGAUACAUCUGACAUGGCCUACUGAUGAUACAUCUGACAUGGCCUACUGAUAAUGGAUCUGACAUGACCUACUGAUGAUACAUCUGACAUGACCUACUGAUAAUGGAUCUGACAUGACCUACUGAUGAUACAUCUGACAUGGCCUACUGAUGAUACAUCUGACAUGGCCUACUGAUAAUGGAUCUGACAUGACCUACUGAUGAUACAUCUGACAUGACCUACUGAUAAUGGAUCUGACAUGACCUACUGAUGAUACAUCUGACAUGGCCUACUGAUGAUACAUCUGACAUGGCCUACUGAUAAUGGAUCUGACAUGACCUACUGAUGAUACAUCUGACAUGACCUACUGAUAAUGGAUCUGACAUGACUUACUGAUGAUACAUGACCUACUGAUGAUACAUCUGACAUGACCUACUGAUGAUACAUCUGACAUGACCUACUGAUGAUACAUCUGACAUGACCUACUGAUGAUGGAUCUGACAUGACCUACUGAUGAUACAUCUGACAUGACCUACUGAUGAUGGAUCUGACAUGACUUACUGAUGAUACAUCUGACAUGGCUUACUGAUGAUACAUCUGACAUGGCUUACUGAUGAUACAUCUGACAUGACUUACUGAUGAUACAUCUGACAUGACUUACUGAUGAUACAUCUGACAUGACUUACUGAUAAUACAUCUGACAUGACUUACUGAUGAUGGAUCUGACAUGACUUACUGAUGAUACAUCUGACAUGACUUACUGAUGAUACAUCUGACAUGACUUACUGAUGAUACAUCUGACAUGACUUACUGAUGAUACAUCUGACAUGUAGUACUGAUGAUAUAUUCUCAAAUUGACAGGAGAAAGGCUUUUAUUGGUGGUGUUUUAUCACUGGAAUGUUUUUAGGGUUUGGUUUUAUCUGCUUUAGUGAUCAGUAGGCCAAUCACUGCUGCUUGCCAAUUUGCACAUCAUUUGCAAUAUUUGUUUUAAUAAUUAUACUGUUAAGACAGUUAGAGCAAACAAUCUCAAUGGUUUCUGGUUGUUCCUUAGGUCUUAUUAAGUAGUAUUUAUUCAUGUUAACACUGUUAACAUCAAACAUUUGUGAAAUAUUUUUAGUUUAUCUCACAUGAGAUAUCCACCUCAAAAAGCCAAAGACUGUUGAUUCAGUAAUAAAUGCAUACUUCCAUUAUUUAUCAAUAACACAUAUAUUAAGUUUAAAUGUUUGAUCUUUCUUUAAAUGUUGAAUCUGUUAAGUUUUAAUCGAGUUUUUACUCUUAUUUCGAUCAAAAUUGUUGGAUUUGUUUGUGUCUUUGAUUUGUUUGUGUCUUUGAUUUAUGUCUGUUUAGUAAUUAGGUGAACAUGAUCAGAGUAUGUGUGUUUUCUUUUUUUACUUGUUAGAAAAACUAUUGGCUGAAUAGAUUCUGCUUCCGAUCUUAUUUCUCUCUUAGUCUAUAUCUUCCAUGUUACACACAGGCCUUACUGAAGAAGCCUUGCAUAUGAUUGCCCUAUAUUCCAUCUCUGUGAACCAACAGUAAGGGGAAUGCUGGAGCUGUACUGUGUUGCUGUAGUUGAGCCUCAGGCUGGAAAGGCUUCCUCCCCCGCCAUUGGUGGCCUUGUCCUUUAUGUUGACGGAGAUAGAGGUCAUGUUCAUAAUGUCUCCCUCGAAUCUGGCUGUGCGUGCAGCGGAGUGCGUCUUUUAGUGUCUUCUGAUGCCUUACCAAUGGAGAAAUGGCAGUGAUGAGCAGACUUGAAUUCAUUGUACACGAUAUUGGAGGAUGUCACCAUUGUUUCAUUCAUGUUUUAAUGAUUCUUGUGAGGAAAUUGUAUUUGAUUGUGAUGGGAAAUUCUAUGAUCUAUUUUUAGUUGAUGUGUUAAAUCUGCAGUCCUGGUGGAAGGAGUGUCUAAAUUAUAUGGAAAUGUGAAUGCAAUGCAAAAUAAAACGAAUAAUGA